AUGGACAACAAUGCAGAUACAUCUGGGCUUCUACGGACAAUACAAGUGCUGGAGAAUGACAGUUCUGAGACGAUAAAGAAAUAUGAAGCUAGUAUAGCGGCCUACGAGAUGAAGCUCCGUGUGAGCACGAUGGCCAUCUGGAAGCUCAAUGCACAGGUGGUCACACUGCAUCAAAGGCUUCGCGAGCAAGAGACAUCCAUCGCAGAUCUCGGGCACCAGUUGCACGAUCACAGUCUCGCAGCACUGGAGAACAAAUUGGCGUGUCCAGCCUCAAGUUCAGAAUCCCAGCCGAAACUACAGGAUUAUGAAGGUACAGCAUCGACUUUGAAAGACAAGAUCGACAAGCUCAAUGCCAGCAUGUCGGAGCGGAACCGGAAGCUGGCUGACAGAAUCCGGGGUUAUGACAUAACCGAAUCAAAUCUACGAGGGCAACUACAUAGGAAGGAAUCAAUCUUGGAGUACGUUCAACGGAUAAACAGGAACAAUACAACCACGAUUCUUUCACUGCGCCAGCAACACUCGGAGAAGCUCCAGUCCAAAGACACUGAGAUUGAAACUCCGAAAUUAGAGGUGACGACACUGCGCAACGGGCUUGAUGAAGCAGUCCAACAGAACCGUGAGACACAGGACUUAUUGAACUACUACCGCGAUGAGUGGAAGGCUGCGCGGGCCCCGGUGAUCAGUUCGCAGCUUGUCAUUCUAAAAGAUCGCCGCGACUUCAAAAAAGAUAUAAAUAAAUUGGCUAAUAUGCUCAUUAACUCGACACGUUGA